AUGUUGAUGGAAAAUGAAGAUAUUUUUCACUCUCCCUCCGAGCUAGAAGUGGAGAAGAUUCAUGACUCUCCCACAAAUUGUGUAGCUGAUGAGCAUGAUCUUCAGAAAGCAAAUGAACCAAAAUCUUCUCGAGAGGAUGAUGACGAUGAUCUUUAUGAUGAUGUGGAGUUUUUAAAAGAAAUUGACUUUACGGGAAUCAAUGAUGACAUUCCAACAAACAUAGAGUUUGAUCUUGGUGAUGAAGAUUUUGAUCCUUUUCUUGAUAUUCCCAACAGCGGUGUAAAUAAAGUCAAUGAACUUGCUUCUUUAGCAACCAAGACUAGAGAUGAAGGAAAUGUUCUCAAGAUUCUACUCUCUACUUCAAAGCCCUUGGAGGUCGCACCAAGCCAAGGAGAUGUGACAUCAGAGAUUCCUCCCUCUGUGUCACUUGUCUCAACUUCUGCUCCAGUCAUUUCUGAUUCAACUAAACCUCAUACAUCUCAGACUUUCAUGAAAACAAGCCAACCUCUUGCAAGUCUGGAGGUACCCGCUGUAAGAUGUGCACCUCAAGUUCUUUCAACAAUCACUACUACCUCUGCUCACUCUACUCCAAAGCAAACAGAUGAAGUAAAACAUCUGACUCAAUCUAGUCCAACUUCCUCACGAGGGAAAAAAAUAUCACUUAAGGAGGGUCGGACAGGUGAUGACAAAUCUUCUUCGCCUGAUCUUCGAGAGGAGAUUGGGAUUCUCCGUCAACAGCUCAUCGAAAAGUCAAUUAAAAUGGAUCAGCUUUCUGCAUACAUCUUUGAGCUCAGGGCGAAAAAUGAAGAAAAGACCAAACAAAUUAAUGAUCUACAAAUGAGUCUUGGAUCUGUACUAGCUAAUUAUUUCAAUCUCAAGAACGUUUUGUACGAUGCCUUUGGUGAAAAAGUCAAAUCCCUUUUCCAACAGCCUCAUGGAAUAGCUGAUCCUCCCACAGUUCAAUCACCUCCUGCAACUAAUGAUCUCCCUGUCAGCCCACCUGCUCCAAGAACAACUACAAUUGUCAACAGGUUUGAAAAAGAACCAGAAUGA